AUGCCGGCAAACCGUCAAUGCGACAUCGCCUCGUUACCUCGAUCAUCAAGUACCGCCGCACAUAUGCCAUCCGACAGCAAAAUUUCCAGUAGCGAUCGAGAGCCCAGCAAGACUUUUCACGAGCCUGACAAGAUCAUCAGUCUGGUUUCCGGAGCGUGGAUACCAGUACCACGAACAUAUGAUCCCGACACAUACGAUCCUGAAGGACAAAUGCCAUGGACGCCAGAACCAGAGCCAUAUGAUCCCGAGACAUACGCUACUUGGGGCCGGAAACAUUUCGGCGACGACUGGUACGAACAGCGAAGGACUAUGCUUCAGGAAAGGAAUAUUUAUGGCCCCGAUGCGGUCUACAGGCAUCGCCAGAGAGAUUUGAGGGUGAUGGAACACAAGAUCGAAGGGCGGCCUUUCCGGCCGCGCGGAGAGAAGCUUGACGAAGGCUGGCAGCGAUUGUGGGCUCGACUGUCGAAGGAUCUGCCAUCGGUCGAGACACCCGGCACUCUUGCAUCUUUCCAGCUAAUCGACAGUGGCAGCAACGUCAGCAAGUAUAGCACACAUCCCUCUAACCCCGAGCUUAGUGUGCGUACCGCAGAGUCUGACGAUCCAAGGAAACUACUGGAGCUGAACCGGAGACGUUUCCUUUGGGAUCAAGAGUCAUAUCAAUUCGAGAGAAUUCUCCGAAAAGAAGCCCUUAUAGACAAGGCAAGGAAACACCGCGAAGAUGAGGAAGGCGACAGACGACGGGAGGAAGAGCUAGAGGAAAUACAGAAGAUUAUAUAUUUACCAGGGACUUUGGUUAAGUCGGGGGAGUACGAUGAUCGAAUGAGGAAAUGGAAUCUUCGAGGCAAGGGUUGGACACAGGAACAAAUUGAGGCUGCAGAUCGAGCUGACAUUGCAGCUUGGAAAUGGCAAAUGGAAAACCCUCAACCAAAGGGACUAAGUAUUUUCGGUCCACCGCUCACUCAAGAGGAAAAGAACAAAUACAAUGCCUGGUGCCAGAAGGAACGCGCUGCCAGGCUUCAUAUCUACGGAGGGCAUCCACCAAGCGAAUCCGGUACUACCGAUGAGGCCGCAUACGAUACCUGGCGCCGAAAUAUCCACACCCGCGUCUCCAGGCAACGUGAAGAGGACCAACGUGAACAGGAACCGCGGGCAGACGCAACAGCCGAUGCUUCAGCUCCCGAGAAAGCGACAAAGAACACGUCUCGCAAGACCCGUGGCGGAAGAAUAAUAAUGGACAUUGCACAGAGCCAAAGUGUUGCCAACCGAGACACCCGACCCCGACGAAUCACACCGAGACUAAACCCAGGCUCAAACGCUGGUCGUCGGCCAAAACGAGCUAGAGCUAUCGAUGUACUUGUCAAGCCCGAAGAGAGCACAGCACAAAUCCCACGGAAAACACGAAAACACCAACCCAAGGCAUGCCAGAAGAGAGCUUCCGCUGAAGCCCACGAUAUCAACAGCCAAGUUCUGCAGUCAAAGCCCCACAACACAAAAAAACGAAAGGUAUACAAGCAAGAGCGGAGAAGUCGAAGACUCGCCGGUAAAUUACCUGAAUAUGGCAUGCUACCAGAACGAGGUGCAACAGCGCCAACCUACGAACCUCCUUCUAACACAUGCUAG